UUUUGCAGCCUAGUGACCGGGUAACAGCCAUAGACGAGCAGUGUCGUCCUGACUGCUGUUGAGGGAUGAGGGAAGAAGCUUCUGAUAUUAGCCUGGAUUCCAUGGCCAGCACUACUGCUAGUGACGUCCUCAUCCGCUCCACAAGUGUCCAUAAGACCUUCCACAGUAAGGAGGACAGCAGACCCCCCACUGCUCAUGGGAGACUGGCCCCAGGUGAAACCAGCCCCAGUGAGGCAGCAGGAGGAGGCCUUGGGCGCCCUGUUUCAGUGGCCUCCAGAAUGGAGCACAGUCAGGUGGCAUCUGCUGAUGGUAGUGGACGCCAGGACUGCGAUGCCAGGAGGGUGCACAUCUCGGUGAAGAGGUUGCGGGAGGUGCCCGCUCCCGUCCUCCCAGACUUUGCCUUUAAGAAGCGAGACCCUGCCCACAUCCCGCCGGCUCUACCUGCUAACAAGUAUCCCGCUGUCGCCUUCACCCUAAUGGAUGAUACGAGGAAUGGCUCCACAGUGCCGAAAACCCAUUCUCCAUCCCAAAAGGUUCAUGUGACGAGACAUUUUCAAGACUCCGCUGAAGAGAAAACAGUCAUGAAGAAACCACUAGAGGGCAGCACACAGAAAAGUACGGACGUUCAGAUUUCACAGUUUACUAAUGGCCAAAAAGAGACUUUGUUGGCAGCAUUAAAUAAAAGAGCCCAGAGUGGACCUGUCACCAAACGCGUUCCCGUUCAGCUGCUGGGUGAUGUUGCUGGUAAAGGUAGAAAGACUGUGAGCAGCGCUGAGAAGAAUCAGGAGACCAGUGCGAUUCAGACCGCUACCAUUGCUGCUGCCACUGCUGCUGCCAUCGCUGCCGCUGCUCCAGUGCUAAAGGUUCAGGGUAAUCUGGAGGCUCAAGUGAACUCUGUGACUCAGCUGCUUAACAAACUCCAGGAGGCCGAUGGGCAGCUGCAAGCGCUCACAGAGCAGCACAGACAGAUCCAGGGUCAGCCGCUGGAAAGAUUGUAUCAGGGGAGAGUCAGCGAGCUGGAGAGGCAGCUGACCCUGCUGACAGAGCAGAGGCUCCAACAUCUGGAAAAGCUCCAGCAGCAGCAGCUGGAGAUGCAGUCACAGUUUAUGAACUCCGCCAUUAAUGCCAGCGCAAGCCACCGUGAAGCUGCAGCUCCAGUUUAUUCUCAUCUGCCGGUGACGGUUUUUCAGCCCCAGACAAGUGCACCUCCGAAGAACCGCGAGAAAGUUACUGCUCCAGCUGUGAGAGAAAUAACUGAGAAUACAGGGAAAUCUCCAUUAGAGACUCCUGCACCUCGCAGAUUUGCACCAGUACCUAUAUCUAUGGAUGUUCAGGUUCCAUCAAGAUCAUCGCUGGGAAAAGAAAAUGUGGAGGAACCCAAACUAUCAACUUCUGGUAAAGUGCAUUUUUUACGUGAGAUCCUAGGACCUGACAAUACUCCAGUAUCAAGAUCAGCAUAUAAAACCCACACUCCCUUAAACCUGACAGCAACUGACAGCCGCCCCUUCACUGACAGCUUCCUCCAGAAUAAGGAUCCAUGUGGUGCUCGAACAUUGUCUCUCGCCCCUACCACUGCGGUGCAGAAGGCCAAUGAUGUUCUGCAGGAUCUAAGUGCUUUAAAGCAGGAGAUGCAAACUAUGAUGAAGGAUGCAAAGCAGUGGAAAUCUCAAGAAGCUGAACUGAAGCCCAAGGAGAAGCCGGCAUUUCUCUCCACUUCUCUAUCUAAAUCCCCUGUCUCCUGGAGAAGAGCUGUGAAUCCCCCAAAGUCCAUGUUUGAGGACGCUGAACGCAUCCUAAGAGAAGUGCAGAAUAAUAAGAAAAUACUUGAAGACAAUUUAGAAGCCAUUGCCCGAGCCAGUGAUUGGGCCCGCAGAGAUGCCUUCAUCAGUGCCCUGGCUACAGCAGACAGUAAUGAAGCAGAGAAAAUUCGAAUUCAACAGACUGUAGAUUCAUGGAUUACUGUAAUCUCCUCUGAAAUUCAGGAUGAAUUGGCAACAGAUGAUUUAAGAAAAAAGAAAUCGGAUGAGAGCUGUAAAGAGUCUGCAGUAAGGAGAAACACAGGAAGCACUAAAGACAUAAAAGAUAAUAGAUGGCGGGACAUCAAAGCUCCAGCGAGCAGUGCGAUGAGAAGUACAAAGCCUUCAUCUGGGGUCUCGGCCAAACUUCAAUGUAAGAAAAGUGGAGAGAAGAUCGCAGGGCAGAGCAACCGAGACUUGCCAAAGAAAGAUGGAGGUUCAAAGGUGCCUCAGAAGGUCAACGCAUCCUCUGUGAUGGAUGAAGAAAUGCUAAACCGUGUUUAUGGGACACCCGUCUAUCAAGGACACCGCGGGACUCUUAAAAAGGGUCCAUAUCUUCGGUUUAGCUCUCCCCCUCCCAAAACCAAACCGCAGAGGCCUAAAGUUGUGGAGACUGUGAGGGGUGUCAAGGUGAAGUCUGCUAAGAUACAGACCAGCUCCUCUGAAAUGGCGAGAGACGUCGUCAAAUCCCGAUCUCCGGACUUUUCUGUACCAAAGAAUUGCGAGCCUCAGUAUGUAUUUAUCCCGUCACGAGAGACCUAUGCAUUAGACGCUCCAGUUGAGGGACGCCUCUUCCCAAUGGCGAUACCACUAGGGAGACCACGAUUUGGUAGGACUUCUCCUCUUCCAUCUUCUGUAAUUCUUGCUCCUCAUCAGCCUGUGGUGAAUGUUUCUAUUCCACCAAUGCCACCAAAGCCUAAGGCAGACGUUGUGAAACCCAACAUCGCUGUGGUGGAGAUGAGGUCCGAGAGAAAGGAUCCCCCACAGCUUAGUGUGCAGGUUCUACCUUGUGUUGAUAUAGACAGCAUUGCCAGUGACAGCCCAUCAACGAGCCGUAGGACCCCAAGCCCAGAUCCACCACCUCGUACACCCAGCCCUGUGAAAACUGAGAUUCAGAUGCCAGAAAACAUUGAAACUGAAGAAGAAAUCCUAGCAAUUCCUGGCAACUCCUUGCAAGAAACAGACAUCACUCCGGAUAAUCAAGUAGAUGAAGUCCCAGAGCCUCUGUUGGAGCUCAAUGGUUUUGGGGAUACAAAUCCACCUCAGUAUGGAGGAAUACCUUUCCCUCCUCCGGCACCUGCUCUGCAGACAAGUUCUGACAUCCUUGAUGGAAUCGUUACAAGGAGGGAGGCUCUGGUGAACAGACUGCUCAGCCGGGUGGAGCAGGAAAUUAUGGCCAAUGUAAUCAGAGAAAUGGAUUCAAGGAGACAGGACGUCACCUCCCCGUACAGCAACGAGAAUAGUGAAUCGUCGUCUUCGGAUAUUGUGGAGGCAGCAGGAGGAGAAGACUUGCAGUUGUCUGUUGAUGCUGGUGUCCCUGUAGAUUCCAGCCUGAUUCGCCAGUAUGUCGAAGAUUACUUCCGAGAGACCAUCGCCAUAAUACUGCGUGAAAGAGAGACUCGACGUGCGCCAGUGUCUCCACCAAAGGAGCCUGUGGUUCAGCCAGCACGUGUUGAGAUUACUCCAGUUGCCACCCCUCAGUGCACACCACCAUCGUCUCCUCCGCCUCCUCCAAGAGAGGUCAUUAUAGUGAAAACACCUGAACUAUCUCCGCAGACUUCAUUGGAUGAACCUGAACUUCACCAAGAAGCAGUUGUUACACCCACGAUGACACCAGUAGCUUCUCCGAGCAGAGUGAAUACUCCCACAUCUCUGAUAUCAGAAGAUAAUAAAGAACAACCCUCCAUAAAGAGUCCUCUCCCUGAUCCAUGGAGCAAUACAGAUCUGCCAUUAGAAGAGGAAAACCCUCACCCUCCUGUCGAGGCUGUUCAGUACAAGGAUGCUGUCGUAAUGACGGUGGCUGAAGAAGAACCAAAGAGCUUAAUCUCAGUUACAGCUCCUGAACCCCAGAGGCCAAUGGUUCUUUCUCCAAAACCAGACAUGUUGUCACCUCCACGUUCUUCAUCAAGCUCUUCAGCUUCCACCGAGGAGAGCAGCGUGACCGUCACAGAGUCAGACACCACAGACAAACCGCUCUCAGAAGGAGAGGUCCUGUACAGCUAUGGACAAGUAGUUCUUCCUAGAGCCUUGGCGGCAGGUGGAUUGAUCUAUCCAAACGUGACGGAAAGUUUAUCCAGCACUCUUAAGGACGCUAAUGACAUGGAACUGGAUCCUCCCAGUGAAGGACAGGUAGUGGACAGGCCUCUCGGAGGAGCACGUCCUGACCCCAUCCAGUCGCUCUUGGCCAAAUUGAAUCAGGAUUCUGUUGCACGGCAAGAAGCACUGUACCGCCCAGAGAGCUCUGGGGAUGAGAACAGCAUGGGGGAAAUCAGCGAAGGUCAGAGGCCACCUCUGACACCGGCAGCCGAGCAGAUCCUGUUGGGACCUUCUGCUUUUAUGGACAGAGCCCACACUACGGGUCAGACGGCCAGACACCUAAUGAUCCAUCCGUCAUCCCAUGGAGCACAAGUGAAUAUACCAGGAGUAAGCCAGGGAGACGCCGACAAUAUUAGUUCUGGGCCAAUGAGUCUCGGUGAUCUGGAGUCUCGGCUUUUGCCUGCUUAUUAUCCACAUGCCGAAGAUUUGCACCAAAUUCCAGCUGCGGCUAGAAACACCUCACAGGGUCCUGCAGAACCUCAAAGGGAGCACCAGCCAGUGCCUACCCGCCUCAUACAAGUUGGCGUCAAGUCAAGCGAUGAUCCACAGCAAGGAAUACGGGAGGACCCCGACAGAACUCUAGUGGAGCCCAGUGUCUACCUCGGCUAUUCAGGAGAAGCGGGUGAAGCUGCAAGAAUGAUGUCCGUGACCCUCCCAUCUAUGAUAGAAGAUGACGAGGAUGUCAAAUCUACCUACAAGGAGUCCGACUCUUCAGGAGCUGAUAGUUUCUGAAAAAAGGACCGGGCAAGACCAAGUCAGACACGUCCUAGGCGGAUGAGCAGGGGCCAGACCAGCGUGAGAGCCGCAGCAUCCAGGACAUGGCAUCUUCUGCCUGCACCUGUAGAUCAUGACGAUUGUGUGGAUGUACACUGUAUAAAUACCCAGAGCUUUUAUAGUUUAUGAUUUUUUUUUUUUUU